GCCAUUAAAAGCAAAAGAAGAAGAAGAAGCCGAUGUAUUUGGGCUUGUUUCCAUUGGUUUGCUGUGUUUUCAGCUAAAAUAAAAUCUUGUUGAGAAGCGGAUACUUGGUUGUAUGUGUCCUGUGAGCUCUUGACCAUGUCCUCGCGGGCUUUGAGGAGGCUAAAAGGUAAACAGCGGGGUCAGGAGGCCCUGGACCUCGGGGAUCUAACUUUGGGUCCGGAGGAGCAGGCUGAGGGAGAGGAGGAGCAGCUGGACACGGCUAACGUUACCCCACCGCCAAACAGCAGCCGAAAGGCAAAGAAGAACAAGGCUCAGAAAAACUUCAGCAAUAUUUAUGAACUGAUUGGUGAUAUUGACAAUGAGGCAGAGAAAAUCUCACCUGAUGAAGACGCAGGGAAACCAGACGGAAAAACCACAAAAAAGAAAGACAACAGAGAAAUGAAAAAGACAGAUGAAAAGGAAGAGGAAACAACUACAAAGUCAUCAUCUGGAGACAAAGUGAAGAAGAAGAAGAAAAAGAAGAAGACGAAAGCAGCAUCAGAAAAUGGACAGGAUCUGGCAGCUGAUGACAACAUUGAUUUAUUGUUGGAGAAACUGGAGCAGUCUCAGGGUCUAAGUUUGCAAAAUGAAGAUUGUGGAGGUUCAGACAGGAGAUCUGUGCUACACGUGGAACACAGGAAUCUAAACCCAGAGACGGAGCUUAAGAGAUACUUUGGAGCUCGAGCUGUUCUUGGGGAUCAACGACCACGACACAGAAACAGACAGUUUCAUCGUAGCACCUGGAUGACCAAUCCCAAGGACAGCUGGCCUCGCUUCAGCCGCCCAGGAAUCUCAAUGUCCUUAUUGGAAUCAAAGGAUGGGAUUCAGUACUUUGCAUUUGAACACAGUCGGGAAUACCAACAAGUACAGUUUAAGUUUCUGGAUGCAGUGGAAUCCAUGGAUCCCAACAACAUUGUGGCCCUGCUGCAGCUGAACCCCUACCACAUUGAUUCCUUACUGCAGCUCUCUGAUGUUUGCCGUAUUCAGGAGGACCAGGAAAUGGCCAGGGACCUCAUUGAGAGGGCCUUGUACAGUUUUGAGUGUGCUUUUCACCCAUUAUUCAGUCUGACCUCAGGAACCUGCAGACUUGAUUAUCUCAGACCAGAGAACAGAGCAUUUUAUUUGGCGCUCUACAAGCACAUGAUGUUUCUGGAGAAGCGGGGAUGUCCACGGACAGCACUAGAGUACUGCAGACUAAUCCUAAGUUUGGACCCAGACUCUGACCCACUUUGCAUGCUGCUGCUCAUUGAUUUCCUGAUGCUGCGUUCCAGAGAGUACCAGUCUCUCCUCCAGCUGUAUCAGGACUGGGAGGAACACAAGAAUCUCUCCCAGCUGCCAAACUUUGCCUUCUCCACUGCACUUUGUCAUUUCCAUCUCAGCCAGCAAGAAGAUAUGGAUCUUGAUGAAAGUCAGAAAUACAGACACAAAGCUGAUCAGAUGCUGCAGAAUGCUCUAAUCAUGUUCCCAGGAGUUUUGAUUCCUUUACUAGAUCUGUGCUCGGUGCAACCUGAUGCCACAGUCUCUUCACAUGCCUUCUUUGGCCCAAGGAGUCAGAUAGGGCAGCCUCCAGCUCUGGCUGAACUGACCGCUCUGUAUGUGGGGAGGACCUAUAAUUUAUGGAGGGAGGCCGCAGUAAUGCUAUGGCUGGAAGAGUGUGUGAAAGAGGUGUUGCGUCAAGUUGAUGCCAGUAACCCUCUGGUGGAGGACUGCCAAAACAAAAGAAAGCAGAGGUACCAGAGUGCACCAAGGAACAUCCAUCGCCAUGUUCUGCUGUCUGAAAUCAAAGAAGCCACCUCCAACCUGCCUCUAGAGGUGACCACUCAGCCAGUGAUGGGCUUUGACCCCCUGCCCCCACUCGACUCUGUGAUGUCAUACACUCGACCAGAGAGGCAGAAUGUUGGAGCAUCCAACGAAAGCACUUUGUCAUUGUUUUUCCGGUCUUUGUUGCCGAACUUCAACCUUCAGGGCGGACCGAGGCAGGAGGAUGAUAUGGAAGUAGCUCGAGCUGGUCAGGAGCUGAACCAGGAAGUGAAUCGCCUGAUGGUGGCAAUGAGAGACAUGUUGGCCAAUAUCAGGUUUCAAGAGCCCCCACGGGAGGACAACCCCUACAGGGAUGAGGAGGAGUGGGACUGACAGCAGAGGACUGAUACAGGAUGACGAUGAAUGAAAUAAAAAUAAACAUGAAAUAAUGAACUCCAGUAAAAUCUAGUAUUUAAUUGUGUUAAUAAUUAUUCAGAUGAAAUGGAACAGCAGCAGAUGUGUUUUUAACUGUUGUAAUUUCAACCAACUGAACUGAAAAGAAAAGGUACAGUAGCAUGGACCUCUGUUUUACUUCACUGGCAUUGUCCAGGGCCAGUCCUCACCUCUGCUUUUCUGACAUUAAACAAAAACACUCUGGUGCAUCAUGAUAUAAGCAGUGUCCUUUGUGCUAAUAUGCUGGAUAGUGUUCGUCAGACACGUUAACCUUUUUGCUGGUUUAUCAUCUGAACUGAUUGUGAUCAGAGUGGGACCACCACAAAGAGGUUACUAUUUUUAUAUUUAUAUUUCUCUCUAAGCCAUGAAACCCCAAAACGAAAUGUGCAUGACAAUUUUGCAGCUUAAAACUAACUGAUUCACAAUAAGUCAAACUCAUUUUAACUCUCAGUAUUUAAAAAAAUAAGUGAUUACAUUGAAGGAAACAUAUUGUAAUAGGCACUGAAAUUUCUGCAUCAUUUGUUCUCAGGUUUUGUUUUACAUUUGACCCAUUUGUUUUUAAUCUGUAAACAGUUUGUUUUUCACAGAAGCAGAUUUGUCAUUUGUUUUUAAUGCCACUAAACUUAAUCUGUCAAGAGAGAUGCCCUUUUUCCAGAGUAAAAAUGUGACAAAAUGCUGUUUCCAUAAGUGAUUUGCACAGAUUCUACUAUGAUGUGAAAAUACACAAGUAAAACUCAGUCAAA